AUGGUUCGUAGGCUUGGUAUCGAGCUUACAGUUUCUCAUUCUCUCCAUGCUGAUACAGUGUGUUUCACAGGUGCUAGCGCGGCGCUUUCUGCACAAGGAUUCGCGCCAGUCCCUGAGUUAUAUACUGGCACAUGGGCAAAUGUGAAUCAAGGCCUCCAGGGCACCUCUCGCGACAUACUGACUACGUACUGGCAACACGUCAUCAAUCACCUUGAAUCGGACAAUCAUGACUAUAAAAUCCAUCAGCUACCCUUGGCGCGCAUAAAGAAGGUUAUGAAAGCUGAUCCAGAGGUGAAAAUGAUAUCUGCAGAGGCUCCAAUAUUAUUCGCAAAAGGCUGCGACAUCUUCAUCACAGAGCUAACCAUGCGCGCGUGGAUACAUGCUGAAGACAACAAACGGAGGACUCUUCAACGGUCUGACAUCGCGGCAGCACUUUCUAAGUCUGACAUGUUUGAUUUUCUUAUUGACAUAGUACCGAGGGAGGAGGCUACAUCGCACGCAAAGAGAUCCGGUCAGGCAUCCGGAGCAACAAGCUCAACAGCACCAACUUCCACGGCCCCCGGUGCCGGUCAUAUUCCGCAGUCUCAAUCCGGAGUCCAGCAUCCCCAACACCAUAUGGCCCCGCCUGACUACGGAUCGCUUGGACAACAUGCUAUCCCUCAGGAUCAGGAGUAUAGGCCCCAGCCGGGUAUGUAUCCUGGUGCUGUUCAAUCCGAUCCUGCAGCGUAUGGACAACCUCAGCCGCAAAUGUUUGAAGGGAUGUAUGCGGCAUACCCUCACCUUCCACCACAGCAGAUUGGUAUUUUGCAUUGA